AGCCUCUGGGGCUCUGGAUGCUGCAGACAGACCCUCGGACAGACAGACAGUUGGACGCUUGGCCUGGCCAUGAGGCUCACGGGGGGACAGUCUUCUCUUCUGAUGGCACUGUUGCUGCUGCUGACCUGCCUCUAUCCGGGGAUGAGUCUGGAGCGCAUCAGCUAUGCACCCCAGCUCUCAAGCGCCACCCUGGCAGGGAGACUUACCCAGUCCACCUUCACACUGGAGCAGCCGCGGGGCCAGUUCAGUCACCUUAACAUCUCCGACUUUGACGCCAUCUGGCUGGUGUUGGCCCACAGCAAUGGUGGCCACCAGAAUUUCACUGCCCCACAGAGGGUGGAGGAUACCCCGGUCCCUGCCAACUUCCCCCAGCGGGGCUACUACGUCACACUGAGGGCCAACCGAGCACUCUACCCGGGCGGCCAGCCCGGCAACCAGCUCCGGGUCCUCCGUGUCGGCAACGAUACCCGCUGCUCCCCGAUGACAAGGGGCUGCAACCACCCCCUGCUGGGCCCGGGCCCCUACCGAGUGAAGUUUCUGGUGGUGAGAGACAGGGGACCCAUGGCUGAGACAGAGUGGUCCAGUGAGACCCGCCUGCAGCAAGCCGAGGCACUCCAGGCUGCCCCAGGGCCCCAGAGCGCAGACACGGUGGUCAUUGUUGCCAUCCCGUCGGUCCUGCUGGCCAUCCUCCUCACCGCCCUCCUCACCCUGCUCAUCUACACCUGCUAUGACACCUGUUGGAGCACAUCCAUCUCUGGCCCAGGGGAGCUGGUGUGCAUGAGAAGAUAUAACACCCACCACAUGUUCAGCCCUUCAGCCGAGCGGGGCUUCUGA